AUGAACACUGGUCUUGUCAACAGCCGCUUCCUCUCCAAGCCCGAUGAGGUCGGCGUUGUUGCCGUCGGUUUCUCAGGCGGUCAGCCCAAAGCAGGUGUCGACAUUGGCCCCGCUGCUCUGAUCCAGUCCGGUCUUCUCACUGAGAUCCGGGAUGAGCUCGGCUACAAGCUCUUUGGUGACGAGAGCGUCCAGCAGUUUGAGGAUCUGAUCCCCGAGUCAGACCCUGACUACCGCGGUAUGAAGAAGGCCCGCCACGCAUCUGCGGUGACUCGCAAGAUCGCUUCGCACACCUAUGAGCACUCACGCGAGGGACGCAUGACUCUCACCCUUGGCGGUGAUCACAGCAUUGCCAUUGGCACUAUCGCCGGAACUGCCAAGGCUACCCGGGAGCGCCUGAACCGUGAGAUCGCUGUUAUCUGGGUUGAUGCGCACGCCGACAUCAACACACCUGAGAGCAGUGACAGUGGUAACAUCCAUGGUAUGCCUGUUGCUUUUUUGACUGGUCUAGCCAAAGAGGAAAAGGAGGAGUACUUUGGCUGGCUCGAGGAUGAUAUGCGUCUGAGCGUUAAGAAGCUGGUGUACAUUGGUCUUCGAUCCGUCGACAUAGGCGAGAAGAAGAUUCUCCGUGAGCACGGCAUCAAGGCUUUCAGCAUGCAUGACGUCGACCGUCACGGUAUUGGCCGUGUCGUCGAGAUGGCCCUCGCCCACAUCGGCAGCGACACCCCCAUCCAUCUGUCCUUCGACGUCGACGCCCUUGACCCCAUGUGGGCUCCCAGCACCGGUACACCCGUUAGAGGCGGUCUUACUCUCCGUGAAGGCGACUUUAUCUGCGAGAGUGUGCACGAGACGGGUAACCUUGUUGCUAUUGACCUGGUUGAGGUGAACCCUCACCUGGCUGAUACCAAGCAAGCCGAACAGAACACAAUCCACGCUGGAUGUUCACUUGUGCGAUGCGCGCUGGGUGAGACCCUUCUAUAA